ACUCCGUACCGCCAUGCCUCGCCCUGGUGACACCAACCCACAUUUUGUCCGGCCAUAUCCGUCACAAACUCCAGAACAACUUCCCCAAACAUCUCCACACGGUCCAUUGGUGCCACUCCCACAGCACCAUGGCCAACACCCCGCGCCACCCAACCUCAGACCAGACUGGCCUGGACCGCAUCACCCUGAACCACCAGAAGUCGAGCCAGAACCAAUACAAUUUGAGCAGGUUCGCCGGCCCCGGUCUAAGCAUCAAUGGCGGCAUUCCAACCCAGCGGGUCCAUUGGUGUCAUUUCAUCCACAAUUCGAAGAACAACAUCCGCUGACAGACCAGCAAACCCUACCACUAGUUCCAUCAGUGCCAACCCCGCACCCUGAUCAUGAAGACCACCAUCCUCGGAAAAAGCAUCAAGGCCGGAAAACCCAGCCUGUAGUUCCACCCGUGGCAGCUCCAUACCAUGAUCACGAAGGCGAACGACAUCCUAAGAAAAAGCAUAAAGGCCGGAAAACCCCACCUCUAGUUCCAACCGGGCCUUCCCCGUACCAUGAUCGUGAAGACAAACAGUAUCCCUCGCCACACGGUUCACAAGGGCAGCCGCAUAGCCGACGUACUCACCCGCAGGGCUUGCUCAUACCACGCCCUCAACAAACCAACGUCUUCACAUGGUCCGGAGCCAUUUGCUGUGCAAUUUUUUGGGUUCUCAUAAUCAUAACGGGCCUAGUGGUUCUCAUAAUCUAUCUUGUUUUCCGUCCCCGGACUCCGAAAUUCGACGUCUCUUCCGCCACGCUAAACGCCGCGUAUCUUGACAUGGGAUAUCUUCUCAAUGCCGACGUUACAGUGCUGGCAAACUUCACCAACCCAAACAAGAAGGUCAGCGUCGACUUUAGCUACCUGAGCAUUGAUCUAUAUUACGGAAAUACCCUCAUUGCCACCCAGUACGUAGAACCCUUCUCGGCAGAGAGGAGUCAGUCCAUGUUUGCAAAUGUUCACAUGGUGGCCAGCCAGGUGCGUCUCGGAGUGCUGGAAAGCCAGAGGCUUAAGAAGCAGAUGGAGAACAAUCGGGCGGAGUUUGAGGUGAAGGGGUAUUUCCGGGCACGAGCUAACUUCGGAAAGAUCCUCCGAUACUCGUACUGGUUGCACGGUGACUGCAGAGUUGUGCUCACUAGACCUCCUGAUGGAGUUCUGGUGACUAGAAAAUGCAAGACAAAGCACUAAGCUAGCAUUUGGAAUUCCAUCCUUUUUCUUUUUCAUCUUUUCUUUUUUCUUGGAUUGUGUUUCAAGCAUCGAAUUUUCGCCAGUUACUUCCAAAUUUGUUUCAUUGACUUUCGUAUUCAUAUUGAGAUCCCGAUUGGA